UUUGCCUUUGUAGUAUCUGGUUCAAGGUUUUUGAUGAAUCAAGUUAUAAUGUGUGAUUUGACUCAAAAUAUUGGGUUUAUUUAGGCUCCAUUUGGAUCAUGGAAAUCAAUGAAAAAUAAGAGAAAAAAAUAUGGAGCAAAAGUGAAGGAAAAUAAAAAUUGAGUCCAACUCAAUUUUAUUUGUCUACAAUUUUACUUCUCUUUCACAUAGAGAAUUAGAGUAAAGAAUGUAUAAAUUUGGAAUUCUUAGUAUGAAUUCAUGAAUAAGGUGGUGAUGGACAUUCAACUUGUAUCUUUUAAUCGGAGCAACUUUUUGACUAAAUUGUGGCAGAUUCAUCAGUUUCGAGUAAUUGGUACUCCCCAAAAUAUAUAUCGUGGUUCUUGUUAUUUACGAGAAGGAUCAAUUCAUAGAAGUAUAAGUUGUUCAAUGAAGUCUUAUCGACUAUCAGAGCUCUCUCAGGCUGAAGUCAACAGCCUCAAGGCUCGUCCUCGUAUUGAUUUCUCUUCCAUUUUCAAUGUGGUUCACCCCAUUGUUGAUGAUGUACGCAGUAGAGGUGAUGCUGCUGUUAAAGAUUAUACUACACGUUUUGACAAAGUUGAACUAGAUAGAUUAAUUGAAAAUGUUGCUGAACUUCCAGAUCCAGAGCUUGAUGCAGGUAUAAAAGAAGCAUUUGAUGUGGCAUAUGAUAACAUUUUUGCAUUUCAUGCUGCUCAAAAGUCAGCUGAAAAAAUUGUUGAGAACAUGAAAGGUGUUAAAUGCAAACGGGUUGCAAGGAGCAUUGCUUCUGUUGGUCUUUAUGUUCCAGGAGGAACUGCAGUGUUACCUUCAACAGCUCUGAUGCUUUCAGUUCCUGCACAGAUUGCUGGGUGUAAGACUGUUGUCCUUGCAACUCCCCCUAGUCAAGAUGGCGGCAUAUGCAAGGAGGUACUCUAUUGUGCCAAGAAAGCUGGUGUGACUCAUAUCCUCAAAGCUGGAGGGGCACAGGCCAUUGCUGCCAUGGCAUGGGGGACAACAUCAUGCCCUAAGGUGGAAAAGAUUUUUGGCCCUGGAAAUCAGUAUGUCACGGCUGCAAAAAUGAUUCUCCAAAAUAGUGAAGCUAUGGUUUCAAUUGAUAUGCCUGCGGGUCCAUCAGAAGUUCUAGUCAUUGCCGACAAACAUGCUAAUCCUGUUCAUAUUGCUGCAGAUUUGUUGUCCCAGGCUGAGCAUGGCCCUGAUAGUCAGGUUGUUCUUGUAAUUGCUGGGGAUGGCGCGGACCUAAGGGCUAUUGAGGAGGAAAUCAGCAAGCAGUGCCAAAGCCUUCCAAGAGGAGAGUUUGCUUCAAAAGCUUUGAGCCACAGUUUCACUGUGUUUGCUCGCGAUAUGGUUGAGGCUAUCUCCUUUUCAAACUUAUAUGCACCUGAGCAUCUGAUAAUUAAUGUGAAAGAUGCUGAGAAGUGGGAGAAUUUCAUUGAGAAUGCAGGUUCUGUGUUUUUAGGGCAGUGGACACCGGAAAGUGUGGGGGAUUAUGCAAGUGGGACAAACCAUGUCCUUCCAACAUAUGGCUAUGCACGGAUGUAUGGCGGGUUGUCUCUCGACUCCUUCUUGAAGUAUAUGACAGUACAGUCUUUGACAGAGGAAGGCCUGAGGAAGCUUGGCCCAUAUGUGGAAGUCAUGGCUGAAGUUGAAGGACUGGAAGCCCACAAGAGAGCUGUAACUCUAAGACUACAGGAUAUUGAAGCAAGGCAAGUGCCCAAUAUGAGAUGAUUGCCGCUGCAAAUUCUUGGUCUCGGGUUUUUAAGCAAAUUGUUGUUGUAGUGUAAAGUGUUCCAGAAGAUGGUCUGGUUUGGGGUCAGCAGUCUUUUUAAUAAUCCUUCAGAUGUGAGGAACAGAGGAAAUUCUGGGGCUAGAUACUGAAUGGUUUAAGUUAAUAGCAGUUGAAUUUUGACUGUAUGGACUAGGAAGCAGUUCUCUCCCCAAUUUCCUCUAGUCUGGUCAGUUUGCUUGGAUCGGCCCAGCCCACUUCAAGCAAAACCCCGUUAUGUGGGCUGAGGUGGGGCCUACAAAUCUAGAGAAGGCAAGAGCAUAGGUGUGGCGAUGUUAUUGGUGAUUGGAAGAGUAAACCCGUGUUAGGAGGCCACAUCGGCCUCGACGCUGGAGAUUUAGAUGGUGUGGUGGACCCGCUAAUCUCCACAGAGAUGUGCUGGUGACCAACGACACAUUGAUUUUGAUUAAAAAAAUCUGGCGCUGUUGAAUUCCUAAAAA